AUGGACGGGGCCAAGGGCGCGGUGGAAGAGGUCGAGCGAGAGGAGCUGUUUCGGGUGAAAACAAGGGAGAAAAGCAACAAAGGAGAAAGACGGGUCUUGGCCCUCCCUAUCGGGCAUCAUCGAGAUCUCCGGGAUAGGAUGUCGGCAUUCACAGAUGCAUUGCUUGCCGCAUCGCCCGCAAUACCUGGUCUUGAUGAAUCCAUCGUUAUUCCCGCACGCCGGCUGCACUUCACGCUCGGUGUAAUGGCGCUUACUGGCGGAGCGUCUGAGCCGAUAGACAGUUCGCCGUCUCCCUCGCCUUCAACCCCACGGACGCUACGGACCGCCGCUGUACUGCUGGAGGAGAUUCGUCCGGUGCUCCUGAAGAUGCUCGACGGUGCACGGCUACGUGUCGCGCUCAAGAGCAUGGACAUCGUGAAGCCGGAGCGGCAGGACCUCGAGCGAGCGCAUGUCAUGUGGGUCAGGCCUUCCCCAAUGAAUGAAGAUUUCGAGCGUCUGAGAAAACUCUCCAAUUUUGUGCAUGAGAAGUUUAAGACGGCUGGGCUGGUCGUCGAUGACGGGUGUCCGCUGAAGCUCCACUGUACGGUCCUCAACACAGUCUACUGCAAGCCCCGUACCAGAGUGCGCACGCCGUUCUCGUACUCCUUCAUUCUUACCUCGGAAGCACUACAAGCUGUCUCAGUGACGCCGGAAACGGCUAUGGUGAUGGCACAAGCUGUAUCACAGUCUCCGAGUCCGGGACUGCGAUCUGUAGAUUUUGGGGAAUGGGUUAUGGAGGAGGUGCAAAUCUGUGAGAUGGGGAGCUGGGGGGCCGAAGAUGAGUAUGUGUGCGUCGGGCGGUGCCCUCUAGUGUGA